UUAAAAAGUUGCAUAGGAAGACAUCCACUCCAAGUGUAACACCUUUAGGUUCACCGAGACAGGAGACUGCACAAUGUCAGAAUGAGGGCUUUGCUUGUUAUUCAGACAAAGUCAACCCACUUGCUGUUGAUAAAGGUGGAAGGGAAUCCCCAGAAGGCACAUCAGACAAUGAAGAAACAUCAGGGGGUGGAGGUUUUGUCAUGAUUUCACCACCAGCUGUUCUACAAGCUGCCCAAACUACUGGGUGCUCAAGUAGUGUUAUGGAAGAGAAUAUUGAGCAAAUUUUUCAUCAAGACCCAGUGAGAAGUGGAUAUGAAGAUCCAUCAGAAUCUAUUGAGGUACUGAUACAGUCUGGUAGUGAGGAUACACUAGACAAAAUAAGUGAAAGACUUUCAGAAGCAAUGGAUAAUAAAAUUCAUGCUACAGGUGAAGAAUCUUCAGUAACACAAGGAAUUAGCUCACAAGAUAUUCCAACUCCUCCAGAUGAUAUUCCAGAUGUAAUAAGUGUUACUGAAAGUCAAAUAAACCAGGAAUUACAGUCCAGUUACCAGGACAGUUUUGAAGGUAGUAGUAAGAUUUCAAGGAAUACGACAACAGAAGCAUAUUUGAAACAGAUAAAAUGUGAGGCCAAGAAUCUUCUCCGAGCUUCAUCCAGACGACUUCCUCCAGAUAUGUUUGAGGAGCAACUGAUCCAGACUAGUCUGGGACAUACUAACUACAGAGAAUCUAGGGUGCAGGCAGAGGUGGCUAGGCUUGGUAAGGGUGGCCAGGAAUUGCUAGAAAUUGUUGCAUCUUCACUUCACAACAUAGCUCCUAAUGUUAUUCUAGCCAAGCGUGAGGAACUGUUGCCACUUCUGAUCUGUGGCGUUAGUCUUCACAAGGAUAGCAGGGAAAGAGAAAAAUUACUCCACCUGUUAUUUAACUUGAUUAAGAGACCAAAUGAGGAUCAAAGAAAUAUAAUUUUGACUGGUCUUGUAGGUCUAGCUAGGGUUCUAGGCCCCACUAAGCUUGAAGCUGAACUCCUUCCGCAGUGCUGGGAGCAGCUGACUCAUAAGUACAUAGAAAGACGAUUAUUAGUAGCCCAGUCAACAGCAGCCUUAGCUCCAUAUACACCACCUUCUUUAAGAAACUCUCUUUUACUGUCUAUGUUGCUACAGUUGCUAGCUCCAGGUGGUGAGAAAGAUCUGAAGGUGAGAGAAGCUGCUCUUCUUAGUUUAUCUCUUCUUGUUACAUACCUUGAUGAUUGCAGCAAAUUGUCAGUUCUAGUUGACACACUGUUGCACUGCUUGGAGAAUUCAGGAGCUGCCACAGAUACUUCCCCUCACAUAAAUCUGGAUUCCUCACAGUUUGAAACACUGCAGAUGUCUUUAUCAGCUACUGAUAUAUAUCUAUCCUCUCUUGCUAUAUGGGCAUUUGAAGAGAACUCUAUAAACCUUCUCUUAGAUCCAUUAAUUGUGAAACUUCAGCGGCUUGCUUGUCACUUCAAAGAAACUCAAGAAGCAGAGAAAAACAGACAAGUGAGUCAACAGCCAUUGGUAAUUAUGAUUGAAGCCAUUAGAAAGACAAUUCCAUUCAUUAUGGCAACUUUAAUCAACUCUUUGCCUGUGUCUGAUGAUGUUGAACAUAACUUUGCACCAAUGCCAUCAAAUUGUAUUGCUUUAGAAGAAUUGUCCAUGAUAUAUGGUAGUGAAGAAAAAGCCUUAUUAGGAUUAAACCAGUAUCAACAGUAUGUUGCAAAAGAGUGGUUCAAGUCAUGGGAGGAACUAGAGUAUAUAACUAAAAUGUUCUUACCUGCUUUAGUUGAAGUGUUAGCCACUGUGGAUGCCACUGCAGAGUCUGCAGUUCAUGCAUUUAUAAAGUUAUUUACAGAGUUACUUCAGUGUUUAGGCCCUCAAAUUACUGCAUCUUGUGUUAUGCCUAUUUUCAUGAGGCAUUUAACUAUUGAUGACUCUGCGCUUGAGGUUGUAAGUCAGGGCACCAAAGGCCUUACUAGAUCUUUAGUGGUUGUUUAUUCAGUUGCUGUUCUUGCUCCUAAUCAAAGUUUGUCUGAAAAACAAGGUGAACUCGAGAGUUUUCUGGCAAAGCAUAUCAACAUUUUGUCACUGUGUCGUGCUCAGCUUGAUUCAUUAUACAUUACAAUUGCAACCUUACUGCAGCAUAAACGAAAUCAUGAUGCUGUGCUGGGAUCACUCUGGUCCUGUGUUGUUCAUAAAUCCAGUAUGGUCCGAGCAUGUAGUGCAGGUUUGUGGGGAAUAGUUGUUGGAUGUGUUGAGGACGGUGCACUUGGAUCUCGUGUAGUACCAGCACUUGUUACCUUAGCUACAGACACUGAUGUGAAUGUCAGAGCUUCUGCUGUGCAUCCUUUGGCAACCAUCAUCACAACUACUACAAAUGUUGAG